UGUUCGCGGUACGAAACGAUCAGCAAAUUACACAGAACACAUUAAUUACCAUUAAUGUAAUGAUUAACUGCAAUGUAAAUUUGUAAGAAUUAAGUUUAGUCAUGCACUAUAAUAUCACAUCGAUACAUAGAUGUGUCUACAUCGGCAGAUGUAGAAUACUAAGUACGGUAGGCCUACACACAGUUUUGCUAGCCUUAUGUGGACCGCUGUCAUGCCAUAUUUGGAAUGUACCCAACCCAACGUUUUAUUUACAAAAUCCGAUCCAAGAACCGCGUUUUUUUUCUGUUGUGUGUUGAUGAGGUUGUUAUAUUUUCAAUGAUAUGCCAAUACUAACACAUUACAGAAUUUAGAACCAUGAAUUCAGACCUUGAUUAUGAAUUUGCUUGUCUACUUCAAGCACAAUUCGACGACCAAGACCAGCAUGGAUCAAUCGUUCCUCCUAGGCCCUCAUCCUGCCAUUCAGAUGAUAAGUCACAGCGGAGCGGAGGCGAUAAACCCCUGUCAAUUGUAGAUGAAAGAUGGGAAACACUAGACCCUACACCUGAUGUACGGGCUAUGUUUAUAGAAUUUGAUAAUACAUUUUUCUCAGGAAAGCUGGCAGGUGUUGAAAUUAAAUGGAGCCCAAGAAUGACAUUAUGUGCUGGAGUAUGUAGCUAUGAAGGCAGAGGUGGCUUAUGUUCAAUACGACUUAGCACCCCAUUGUUGAAACUCAGGCCUAGAAAAGACCUUGUUGAAACACUGUUGCAUGAGAUGAUACAUGCCUAUCUAUUUGUUACUCAGAACAACAGAGAUCGUGAUGGUCAUGGACCUGAAUUCUGUAAGCAUAUGAACAGGAUUAACAAACAGACUGGUACAAAGAUAUCUAUUUAUCACAAUUUCCAAGAUGAAGUGGACUUGUACAGGCAGCAUAUUUGGCGAUGUGAUGGACCGUGCCGUACACGAAAGCCAUUUUUUGGUUAUGUCAAGCGAGCCAUGAACCGUGCACCAUCACCACGAGAUCCCUGGUGGUCCAGUCAUCAGCAGUCAUGUGGUGGGACAUACCAUAAGGAAAAAGAACCGGAAGGAUAUGGUGAAAAGAAGGGAAAAAGAAAAAGGGAAGAAGAAAAUACUAAAGGUUCAAAGAAAGCUAAAGGUAGAGACUUCAAUUCUGUACCAGCAUUUGAAGGCAAAGGACGUGUAUUAAAUGCUAUAAAUAGUCCACCGAACUACCCAACACUUGAGCAAAUAUGGUCCAAAAAGCAACUCGCUGUACCAAAUAAUAGUAACAAGUCCCCCUCAAUACCAGUGGGAUCGAUAAGCGCAGUAACUAAUGGCAACAUAAAGCCUAGUAGCGAACACAAGGAUCCAAAAAAGACUGAUACAUCAGGAACAAGGAGCAACAUCCAUGGAUUCUUUGGAAAGAAAUCCGUACCAUCUGCAAGUAAUGGGAAAUAUGAUUCCGACAGUGAUGAUAAGAGUGACGAGAACAUGCCUAAUGAUCUGAUACAGAGUAACUCUGAUACCAGAAAUGGAUCCAGUGAUAUGGAGGCUAGGUUUCCAGGCAAAGGACGUGUGCUAGGAGGGAGAACCAAGGAAGAUAUACAAAAUGGUGGAAUGGCAUGGCUGUCAAAAGAAUCUAAGAAUACAUGUUUGGCAGAUAAAUAUAAGCAUGUGAACAAUAAGAUUAAUAAACAUCGGAAAAAAUCACAAAAGAUCUUAAAACUGAUUGAGAUAGUUGGCAGCGAUAGCGACUCAGACGGGGAUGAAAAAACAUUCAGAAAUAGUGAAAUACCUGUAAUAGUAAAUAAGAAAGAAGAAAGCAAUAGGGAUAUAUCACAACAUCUAAUGAAUAUAAACAUUGGGACUAGUGCUGAUGAAUUGCCAAAGAACAGAUCAGAGAAAGCAGGAAAUUUAAGUGGUGCCAAAGCUUCUAAUCAUACUCAAAAAAUUGAUGGAGAGUUGAAUCAAACAUUGUCAGACAUGCAUGUUAAUGCAGAGACCUGUCGUACAGAGGAUCCUGCAGGAACUGUGAAAUGUCCGAUAUGUGGCUGCAGUGUGUUGGAGAGCGCCAUCAAUCGCCACUUGGAUGAGUGCUUAAAUCACAGCUAUCUUUCUCAAUAAUGUCUUUUUAAACUUUGUUUUAAUUAUUUUUUUGUGAUUACAACAGUAUUAUGAGAGUUAUAUAUUUUGUAAUUUUGGAUAGAUACUAUUUAUAUAUAUAUAUAAAGGUUAUUUUGUUAUAUUUCA